CAGCAGGAGCAGCAGCAGCAGCAGCAGCCGCCGCACUCCCCCGCGCCCAGCGGCGGGCGCCGGCUCUCCCGCAGCGGCCGCCCCCAGCAGGGCCGCCCCCGCCAGCGCGGCGCGUCCAUUUCGCCGGCCGCCCCCGGCGGCCCCGGCACGCCCGCGCCGUCACCCGCGGCGGCGGCGGCAGCGGCGGCCAACGCCAAGGCGGCGGCGGCGGUAGCGGCCGCGGCCAGCGCCUCAGCCGCCGGCCACGCCGGCUCCGUCACCAGCGCGCCCCCCUCGGCAGCGGCGGCGCCGCCGGGGACGCUGCGCAGGGGCCGCUCGCUCGACGUCAUCUGCGAGGAGGUCCUGGGGGAGGCGCCCCAGCUCACCAACCCGGUGAGGCGCCGGCGCUCCGAGCUCAUCCCGCGGGCCAGGCUCAUCCCCAGGAGGGCGGCCUCCGAGACCAGGGCCAGCAGCCGGUGCCUGCCGCCGCUGGAGGACGCCGAGCCCCGCCCGGGGCCGCCGGGGCCGCCGGGGGUGCGGCGCUGCCAGUCCGUGCGCUCCGAGGAGGGCGGCGGCCGCGGCGGUGGCGUGUGGGGCGCGAGCUACUGGCGGCCAGCGUCCGCGACCGCGGCGCGCCGCUCCAACUCGUUGUGCUGCUCGCCCGUCACACGCACCCCGUCCAGCUACGGCCCCGCGGCCCACGGGCCCGGCGCGCCUCGACGGUCGCAGUCGGUCCGCGAGCACUACGCCCCCGAUGGCCUCCACUCCAGCAGCCAGCGCUGCUCGCGGUCCAACUCGUACCGCUGCCCCGCGCCCUCGCCCUUCAGGGACCCCGUGAAGACCGACGAGGAGGAGCAGCAGCCCCCGGCCGAGUCCCAGGCGUCCGCGGCAGCGGCGGCGGCGGCAGCAGCGGCAGUAGCAGCGGCAGCGGUUGGCUCAGCAGCCAUGACGCGACGCCCACAGGUCCUGCGGGUGACAGACUCCGCGACCACCAGCAGCACCAGCCGCAGGCAACUCAGCCAGCCCGCGGCGGUUAGCCCACCCCUGGUCAGCCCGCCUCUGAGCCCGAGCCCCGAGGCCAGCCCGCAGCCAGCCGACAGCCCCCUCGGCAGCCCGCGGCCCGGCAGCCCCGCCAGCCCCGCCAGCGAGCACCACCGCACUUUCGUCUCCCAAUCCUCGGUGACGCUGCGCGGGGUGCCCGUCUACGACGAGUACCUAUGCGCCGACCACCGCUGGGUGCGGCCCGUGGCUCCCCUCCGGCCCCGCUCCGAGAGCACGACCAGCACGACGGCGGAGAGCGAGGAGGACAGCGCCGGCACGGGUGCCACGGCGGGGAGCAGCAGUAGCAGCUGCGGCAGCAGCUACGUCACGUGGACCAAGAGCAGCCUGCGCAGCAAGCAGUGGCAGAUGCUGCACAGCCCGUCCGCCUCAGGACGCAGGGGCGCGGAGGCCCCGGCGCAGCCCGCGGCCAGCCGCAUCCUCAAGGACGAGCUGGUGGAGACGGGCGGCGAGGAGGGCUGCGUCGCGGUGCUCGCGCCCUGCCCGGGCCCCGCAGCGCCGGCCUCACCCGCCGUCAGCCUGCUCACGCUGGCGCCCAAGUCGGACGGGAGGCCACCGCCGGCACGCACCAGGUCGGACGCGCAGCGCCACCAGCGCCACCACAGCGAGUUCGACGGCCUGUUGCAGUACCUGCAGGACUACCGCCACGGCCUGCGGGAGCUCCUCGUCAACAACAACGUAGUCAUCAUCGAGCCCGUCCGUGCGUCGCAGGCCAAGCGGCACUCUGCUGAGCUCCGCGACGACAGGCGGGCGCACAGCGCCCCCGGCGAGGACCACCGCGGCGACAAGGCCUGCAGGAUCACGGGUGCCAUCGUCAAGUCUCCCGAGAAGGACAGCGGCACCGGGACGCACACCGCGCACGCGGGUCGAGGCUCCAACAGCAACAACACCCUGCCCCGGUCGCAGAAGCCGCAUCAGCCCAUACUACGCCGCCAGUUCUUCUACCAGGACCUCCUGCUCAAGAUCAACAAGGAGCUAGUGGACGCCGAGCUGCCGGACCCCGACACGGUGCGCAACGCUCGGAAGGUCUUCGAGCGGGCGGCACCGCUGGGCGUCGGCAAGGCGGGCCUCGGGUUGUCCGGACUGUCCGGCCUGUCCCACUCGCACUCGGGCCUCGACAAGCGCAUGUGCUGGACAGACUCGGGCAGCCUGUCCUCGGGCGUGAGCAGCGACCUGUCGUGCUGCGACCUGUCCUGCGACACGGACCACCACCACCUGCGGAGCCUGCGCAGCCUGCGCAGCACGGGCACGUGCUCGAGCGGCAGCCUGAGCCUCAGCCAGCAGGAGGUGUUCAGCAGCGGCGACGAGUCCGAGGCCGACCAGCCGCACCCCAAAGCGCCGCGCACCGCCGCGGCCGCGCCGCCACCGCCGGUCCCAGCCGAGGCGGCCGCCCUCAGCGCCGACGGCAACCCCGUGUCGGAGGACGUGCUGCAGAAGAUCCGCGCCUGCGGCACCACCGUCACGUACUUCGGCGGCCAGGUCAUCGCGUGCAGCGGCGCGGGUCCCGUGCGCAGCCCCAUGACCAUGGCCAUCAUGGAGGAGAUCCGGCGCAGCGCGCGGCCCAUCAUGCUGGGUGGACCCCUGGGCGUCAGCCUGGGCGCGUCGCUCGGGGCGUCACUGGGUAUCAAGUUCAGGCUCGUCAAGAGCAACAGCUGCGGGUCGCGCCUCGAGCUCGCGGGGCAGACGGUGGGCGGCGGCGGCCGCUGGCCCAGGCCGGCCCGGAGCCACGCGGCGCCAACCACCCCCGCGGCCAGCAUGGCCUCCACGGCCAGCACGACCUCCACGGCAUCCGCGGCCAGCACGACAUCCACGGCCUCCGCGGCCACGCCCGCCCCCACGCCAACGGAAGCGCCAGCGCCCGCCGUCAACUUCCCCAUGGCGAACAGGAACCGGCAAGUCGAGGAGCAGGUCGUGUCCGUUGACAUCGGGGACUCCCUAACCGACUCGCUCAGCAGCGAAGACGCGCGGAACAGCAGCACGACGACGGCGAGCAGCUGCGGCGCUGGCGAGGGCGUCAACACCAGCCCGCACGACGAGUCGCCAACGGUCGACGUCAAGGAGUUUGUAAACGCGCGGAACGCCGAACUGAGGAAGAGCGAUGCGCGGAACGGGCCGGUGAGGAACGGCGACCUGCGCAAGACGGAGGUCAAGAGGAACGGUGGAUCGGAAGACAAGGAGAACAGACCCGUCGUCGGCAUCACCUCCUGGAAGAUGAACGGGAAGGACAUCAAGACCCUCGAAGACCUGCGCAGGCCCUCCGUACCGCCCAUCCCCCUGCCAGCGGUGCCGCAGCAGCAGGACAAAUUCGGCACUAUGGAGUUCGAGGAGUUCCAGUUCAUCGAGUAAUAGUCAUUAAACUAAUUAAGAAUUACUCAGCUGUCUAGUUGUUGCGGCCGGGACGGCGGGGUCAGUCCGCUGUGGGAGUGCACACCGGUGCUGGACAAAAGGCCGCAUUUAGCUUUAACGAAAAGUAAAUAACUGCGAUAAAAUAUUAUGUAAUUUACUUCGGAACCUACUUUUGUAAUGUUUGGGUUGAGAUGUCACGAAAGCUACUGGUAAUGUGCACCAAAAAAUGCAUUGACGUAUGAUUUAGAUAAAUUCAAUAAAUGAGUAUAAUUGCA